AUUUAUAAAAAUGUUGCGCAGAGAAUUAAGCAGUUUGUGCCAAAAUAGACCACUAGGUUUAACAAAUCUAAUUCAGAGAUUCUCUGAUUUGAUAGUGCAAAAACAGGAUGACUUGAUCCCAUUCAAUGGAAUUGCAAAAAUUCCGCAUGAACAGUCUUCAGUGUUGGAUAAAUGUGAUGAAGACAUUUCACAUGUUGCUCCUUACCUGAAGCCAACAUUUAAUUUUGCAGCUUAUGUAAAUAAAUCUGUAACAUUGCAAGAACUACUGAAAGUUGGUGUUGAUUUACACAGACUAGAGAAAAAAGUAACUGUACCACAAUACAUCUUAGGAUUAGAUUUUGAGAAAGAUGUUAAAAAUCAUAUUAUAUUCUUGCAUGAGUUAGGAUUGGAAAUUGAUAUUGUUGGCAGGUUAAUUACAAAAAAUCCUUAUAUAUUUCAACAAAGCCUAGAAAAUAUGCAAGUAAGGAUAAAUUAUUUGAGUUCAAAAAAAUUUACAAAUGAUAUGAUUAUCAGAAUAAUAGGCCAUAAUCCAUAUUGGUUGAUGUUUAGCACUAAAGAUAUAGAUAAUAGAUUGGGAUUCUUUCAAAACGAAUUUGCCUUAACUGGUAAUGACAUUCGUCAAUUAGCAGUACAACAACCUAAACUGAUCACAUACAGUUUUAAACAUAUUAAAAGAAAUGCUUUUGUUUUAAAAGAAGAGAUGGGUUUCACAGAUGAUGAGAGAAAGGAAAUAUUAUUAAAGAAACCAAACAUAUUCAUGAAAGCACAACAAAAUAUGUUAGAAACUUUUGAAUACUUACAUAGGGAUAUGCAAAUUUCCACAGAAACAAUAUCCAAAAUACCAGAAGUUCUGAACUGCAGACCAUUCAGAUUAAAACAGAGACAUAUGUUUGUUAAGAAACUUGGUUUGGAUCAAUUCAAUCCAAAAGAACCAGGCUAUAUAUCAAUUGGUACCUUGGUUUCAGGUAAUGAUCUUGUGUUCUGUGAUCAGGUCUGCAAAUGCCCUAUAGAAGAUUACAACAUAUUCUUAAAAAGCUUAUAAAUAAAAUAUUAUGAAGAAA